AUGAUCCAACGUGAGACUAGACACCCUGAGGUGGCACAAUUUGUGCAGAUAAGUGGCGCCCAGUACCGAUGCCUCCUCCCGCCAGGGUACCGUAAGCUGGGCAUGUACCACUGUUUCUGCAAUGGCCUCCAAGCCUUUCUGCGCCACCCACAAGACGAAAGUCAUGAGGAAUGGAGGAAGACAAUCGAAUAUGCGGUGCACCAGCUUAGUCACUUAGAACAGUGGCCCGACUCUGUGUUUAUUGUACGAGGGCGCCCUGCGAUUAUAACGUUCGGUACGAGGGUGAAACUAUUUUACUACAUCUAUCACCGUGAAGAGGCACCUGUUGUCCCACAGAAUGCAAGUCCCACCAGUAUUCAGUUUGCGGCAUCUUGUACCGACCUGGAGCCGAAGCAUCGCCUAGUGCAGCUUAUUCCUGGGAGCGAGCCGAUCGACUUGCAUCACAAAGAUGACCGCGCAAAGCUUGAACAUUGGUUCAAAGUCUUCUGCGACAAAGAGGAUUUAGAAACAGAAUGGGAUCCGAUCACUGGAGAAUACAUCACCAUGGCUCGGGAAGUCGGGAAUACUGAGUAA